CUCAUCUACGAGGGACGCAAAUGUUUCGUUGUCGAUUAGUCGUGAUGAGCGUAUUAGGGUUUAUGAAGACUCGUAGAGCAGAAGAACGUCGGGGGAAUUACUAUCGUCGGUUACUUUGUACUGAUUGCUGAUUCUCUGUUGUCGAAUUGAGGAUUCAACUAGUGUAGUUCUAGUGCUGAGCUAUUGCUGUACUCCUUCUACAUCUCGUUUGAUUUUGAGUUUUUCAGAUUAAGAAUUCAUCUUUUGGAUUCUAUGGAUGAGGUUGAUGUCGUAAUUGAUAUUAGCUCGGAUGAGGAAAACAUGGCAGAUGAACCUUUUGAUAUAUCUGAAGAAUGGCUCAAUGAGUUGCUUGAAUCUGUAGAUAUAGAAGCGCUUAGGGAUUUGGAUGAUGUUGUGGUUGCUGAUGAAGAUUCUAAAUCAUCAUUCAUGAAGAAGCCGAGUUCCUUGCAAAUGGAGUCUGACGAGGACUGUUUGAUUCUGGAUUGUGAUCCUGAUAAGGUAAUGUCUGUGGUUGAUGGCGAAGGUGAAUCUGUCGCUGGGUGCGCUGAUUUGCUCAUAGUUGGAGAGAAGGGACAUUUGGCUUGCAGGGACUUUCCCCAUCCUCGUCAUUUGUGUGCGAGCUUCCCUUUCAGCAGCACUCCACAUGAGAAGCAUUGCAAACUGGAAAGUCUUGUGCCAUUGCUAUGUUUGCGACUCCCGAGCUCCAUGUAACUACUGGGGUUACGGCCUCUCGACGACAGACCAUUGUCACGCAAGCGACAAAGAACAAGUCUGGAUAUCUCUUCGGAAUUAUUUUAAACAACCAUCCAACAAAUUCUCAGAACCACCAUGGUUACCUCCCAUCAGUCAAUCAAACAAACAACCCUUUAGAAAUUUCCAAAGUGUUUACCAUCCAUCUUCAGGAUUUCAUGCACCUGAAGAACCAAAUUCCAGCCAAUUUCAGAGAACUUCUGUUCAGAGCUUUCUAUCCUCAGAAGUACUGCAGCGAUCGAUGCAACCCGAAGUGCCAAACAACAUGGAGAUGAUACGAGGUAUGCUGGCUUCGUUCGAAGAACAUCUUCUGGGCAACGAUUUUAAUGGCGGAAGCAUGGAGGAUAGCAAUAUACCCUCGGCUUCAUCCCUCAAUCCUGUUCUCAGCAAACCGCUUUUACGACGAAGAGAACCGGUACGACCUCCAUGAUCAGUUAGCUUAAGCAUUCGGCUCUUCAUCUGUUCUACACCACACUGUCCGGGUAAAGUAGUUGUCUGUGCAGUUUAUGCUCUGUAAUUGAAAGGAAAAUCCCAAUUCUGUUUCUGUAAUUGCUUUUUUUUCCUCGGAUUUGAUUGCAAAAUACUUUUUAUUGAUGCCGUUUGUACAUUCGAUCAUAGGCCAGUUGUCUGCCUUAAUUAUCAUCA